GCUCACCACAGAAGCGUCCCAAUCAAAACUCCCUUAAAACAGUGAUCUAUCGAGCUAUGCGCUCAUUUUGUGUUUAUCAAGAACACUGACCAGCGUAUCGCUUAUUACGAUGUCGCAAUCGAUCUGUUUGGCACCGUUUUGUGAAAACUCAAGCGAGCAUUGAUAGUUGUUUCCGCGUUUUCUUGAUACUUGGAGAAAAACGUGCUUUUUGCAAGGUUGUGUUUUGAUUGUGUGUGUGGUGGUCGUAGCCAUGCAACUCCGGCGUCGGAUCGGAAUGCUGCCCGUGUAUAAACGUACCAUUAGGCGGGACCUGGCUGCUUUAUAUAGGUUACUGAAAAUGAAAAGGUUCAUCCGAAAAUGCCGUAAACACAAUAGCACUGUUGGCAAAGUAUUUCAACAUCUAACCAAAAAGCAUCCAAAUAAAAUUUGCUUAAUGCACGAAGAUCGAAGAUGGACUUUUCAGCAGGUCGAAGAUUAUAGCAACCAAGUUGCCAAUUGUUUUGCUGCACUAGGCUUUCGAAGAGGAGAUGAAAUCGCCAUAUUCAUGGAGUCCAAACUCGAAUUUAUUGCCUUAUGGCUGGGUUUGUCAAAAAUUGGUGUUGUUCCUGCUCUCAUCAAUUCAAAUUUGAGAUUACAGCCUCUGGCAUUUUCAAUAACUGUUGUCAACUGUAAGGCUGUGAUCUUUGGAAACGAACUAGUUGAUGCUAUAAAAGAGGCUGCUCCACUUAUCGGUGCUGAAACAAACGGUAUCCAGUACUUUUGUAUGGGGGAGGUACAAUCCUUUCCUGCUAAACCUUUAGAACCUCUAAUAAAUGAAAGUUCUAAAAUGGAACCAAUUCAGCAAAACAAGGGCAACAUGGAUGAUCGUUUGUUCUAUGUGUAUACCUCUGGAACCACUGGUAUGCCAAAGGCUGCAAUUAUUAGACACAGCAGAUUUAUGUGGCUAGGUGCUGGUAUCAAUUUUAUGAAUUGUAUACAGAAAGAUGACAUAUUUUAUACUCCUCUUCCAUUGUAUCACACUGCAGGUGGUAUUUUAUCACUUUCUCAAACAAUAUUGUUUGGAAAUUCUUUAGCUAUUAGAACCAAGUUUUCUGCUUCCAAAUUUUGGGAUGACUGUAUCAAGUAUGAAGCAACGGUUGCUCAAUAUAUUGGAGAGCUGUGUCGUUACUUAUUGGCACAACCCGAAAAACCCCAAGAAAGGCAACACAAAUUAAGGCUGAUAUAUGGCAAUGGCCUCCGUCCUCAAAUUUGGGAAAACUUUGUGUCUAGGUUUAACAUACCAAAUGUUGGAGAAUUGUAUGGCUCUACAGAGGGCAAUGCUAAUGUCAUCAACAUAGACAACAAAGUUGGUGCUGUAGGUUUUAUGUCCCGAAUCAUUCCCACAAUCUAUCCCGUGAGUCUCAUUAAAAUAGAUACUGCCACCGGAGAGCCUGUUAGGGAUAAAAAUGGCUUGUGCAUUAGGUGUGAACCAGGUGAACCUGGAGAGUUUGUUGGUAAGAUAAUUACAAACGAUCCAAUUAGACAGUUCGAUGGUUAUGUUAACCAAUCUGCUACUAAGAAGAAAAUAAUUAGAGAUUGUUUUCAAAAGGGAGAUACGGCCUUUUUGUCUGGUGAUAUGCUUGUGAUGGAUGAGAAUGGUUACUUAUAUUUUGUGGAUAGGACAGGUGACACAUUCCGAUGGCGUGGAGAAAACGUAUCCACCAUGGAGAUAGAAGCUUUAAUCAGUAACUUCCUGAAACAUGCAGACUCUGUUGUGUAUGGUGUUGAAGUACCAAAUAAUGAAGGUAGAGCUGGAAUGGCCGCAAUAUCAGAUCCCAAUCACGCUGUAGAUUUUGAUGCUCUUUAUGCUGAACUUACUAAAUGUUUACCUUCCUAUGCUGUACCCCUGUUUAUUCGAAUAUGUGAUACUAUAGAAAGCACAGGCACUUUCAAAUUAAAGAAAUUUGAUCUCCAGAAGCAAGGGUUUGAUCCAAAUGUUAUUAAAGAUCCUAUUUUCUUUGGUGAUAAGAAAUCACACACUUACAAGCCAUUAACACCAGAAACUUAUGCCGCAAUAUGCAAUGGCUCCAUUCGGCUAUGAACAAACUCAGUUUGGUUAGUUCAAAGAUUCCCAUCUGUGUACAGUUAAACACUAUUGAACAGUUCUUAAUCAUAAAUGUAGAAGUAUGAUUUGGAAAAUAAUUUGCCACAUAUAGAUAUUUUCCGACUUAAAAAGGAAGCAUUUAACUUUAAUUGACUUCAAGUGGUUUAUCAUUUUAUUUAUUUGAAAUAUAUCAUUGGAUUUAUCCUGAUAUGUAUGUUAGAUUGGAUGGUUAUAGAUAUGUUUAAAGAAAGAAAAAAAAAUUCUAUUCUUAAUAGUGCUAAAUGUUUUUAUGUGUGUUUCUAAAAUAAAUGUUAAAAAAAAUACUACAGAUUUUUUAAAUUGAGUUGAGAUAUUUUUAAAUAAUGUGCUCUGUGAUUUCAACUUGCUUUCUUGAAAACAUAUACAUUUUUAUUAUAGAAAUGAUCCCACUUGAUUUAGAACCCUCAGACUCUGUAUUUUAGUUAAUAAAAGUUUUAGAAUUAUUUUACAUUAUGAUCUAAAGAAAUAAUUUAAACUGAAUUUAUUUCAUUUUACUUUUUCUGCAUUUUUGUCAAAAACUUAAUUAUUUAGUAAACGCAUUUUAUGUCUGGUUUAAGUUAUCAUAUUUAUGUAACUUUAAUUAUGAGAGACAUUAUUAAAUAUUAUUACUUACAUUCAUUAAUUAUUAAUAAUUACAUACACAUAAUGCAAUAUUAAUAAUGUCUGUAAUAUUAUUAAUACAGACAUUAUUAGUAUUUUGUAAUAUUGUAAGCAUAGUGUUUGUAAUUUAUUUAGAAAAAAGUUUAGUUUGAUAAAAUUAAAAUCUAAUGUAUCAUUUAAAUCUAACUCUAAUUACUUGAAGAAAUAUUUUAUCAGAAGAUUCAAUUCUUAUACAAAACAAAUUAUAAUUUAGAUUCACAUUAAUAAUAUUAAAUUUAAAAAAAAUUUUGUUUUAUAAAAAAAAAAAAACUUUCUGUUGGUAGGAAAAAAUAUUAGUGAAUUUGGUUAAAAUAAUUCUAAUAUGCAGUGUUUUUUUUUUUAUUAUAAAGGGUUGCCUUUACCGUUGAACUGUAAACGCAAUAUAUCUUCAUCAUAAUAUUCUGUGUCUGUUAAUUUUACUCUGUGAUCUUAUUUUACAAAAAUUAUAACUUUUGCUUUUACAUUUAUUUGUCAUUUGUCUUGUUUUAGGUUUUAUUUAUUAUUAUUGUGAUAAAAAGUUUUUUUAUUUAAAUAAUUAUUUAAACCUUGCUGCAAAUAAGCUUAUUGAUGAACUUUUAGAAUCAUUUAAUUUAAAAAGUAAGUUGUUAUUUUUAAUUUUAGUUUGAAUCUCUUGUAUUUAUAUUUUAUACUUCAGUACACUUGCCUUUACUUAAAUACCAGUGCUUUAUAUAUUGCCAUUGACUCAUAUAUCAGUUUUAUCUGUGUGAAAGUUUAUUUUGCUCCUUCUGUAGUUCUUUACCUAUGAAUUAUUUUCAAAUAAUUUUUUAUUAAGAAAAAACUGUAUUAAAUUUAUUGUGUGUCAUUGUAAUUUGUUUGAAAAUGUAUUUACAGCUUAAUGGCAUGUGCUUCCACUUUGCUAAUGAUUUUUUUUUUCUUUCAAUUCUAUGAUCAACUGACUGUCAUUUUAUCUAUCUCAACUAAUUGGAAGAAAAAGGUUCUAUGUAUUUAUCAUGCUUUAACUUAAUCCAAUUAAGCACAUCUUAAUGCAUUUCUUUUUUUUUUAAAUAAAAAAUAAAUAAGAUUGUGUAUGGUUGGUAGUAAUUAUACACAAAAUUUUUUAUAAGUUUGUUGUAUUAAUUUAGCUGUUAGAAAUGUUCUAUGAACUGAAUCAUCUAUAAACUGGUUUUUUAUCUGCCAUAUUUUAAUCCGAAAACCAUAGAAUGUUAAUUAGUCGAUAGUGGAAUUUCCGUCUCCCAUUUUUACUUACUUUACUUGAAUUCUGCUGAGUGCUAAUUAAAAAUAUCUAUCGGUCACGUUCUAUGUCUCUUAACUUUGUUUUUAAGUCUGAAUUGUGAUCUCCCUUUGUUAGUAUAAUUCCCUUAUGCUAUUACUUUCAUGUUUUUGUAAUGCUACUAAAGGAUGAAAAAUUAAAUAAUUAGUUUGUUGAUAUAGCAACAUUCCCACCUAAUGUAUUCCUAUAUGUUCAAUUGAAUAUUACAGUUUUUGCAAAUUUUAGUAAAGUUUUGCAUGUGUGUAUCUAUUGAAAUUAUUUACUGGUUGUGUUUAGUUACAAGUAAUUCAUCUAAAUAUCUGUAAUUUAAUUUUUUUAGUCUUAUUAUCUAUUUUAAAGUAUUAAAUUUGGGACCAUCUUUUGAUUCAGUUAACAAAAUUUCACUUGCUGUUACAUUUUUAGUAGAUUAAUGCUACAAGUGUUCAAAAAAGAUUUUUAUAUAUAUAUAUAAUAUAUAUUUAAUAUCUGUUUGCUGAAAGAACUAUAAGAAUUUACCAAAAAUGACUACUUUUAUUGAUUUUAGUCUAGUUAUAUCUAUUAAUUUCUUGAUGAGAAUUUUAACGAAUGUAAAAAUUGAAAAUUAAAAUUACAUCUUAUUUACAAUUUGUAUGUUGAAUUUAAUAUAUUCAUAUAUAUAUCCCAAUUUAAAAUGUAUUUUUUGCUUAACCCUUUUGUUACGGUUGUCCACUCUGCUGAAGUGACGCCAUUUAACCGUGCAUAUUGAUAAACUAAUGUUCUGAUUUUCCCAUUUUAGUGUUACAUAUGAAUAUAUUUGAAGAUUUUGCAAGUAUUAUAAAUAGAAAUGUAAUUUAGGAUAAUUCAAAAGAAUCUUAGUAAUUUAUUUCUGUGUGAUAAAUUUUGAAACAAGGCAAACCAACUUCUGCCCUGUGCGUAUGAACUGGGGCUAAAUUUGGUGCUAGUACACAGAGGGCAUCACAUGGAUUUCGGCUAAAUACAGCACUCGUAAUGAAAGAGUUAACAUUCAAUGCUAAGCAUAAUUAUAUUUUUAGAAAUUAACUAUAAUACAAUAUAUAAUUUUAUUAUAAUAAAGUGUAAUGAUAAUAUUUUUGUAAGCUAAAAUAUCUUUGUCAUAUUUUUGAAAAUCAAAAAUUUAAUUAUUUUUGCAUUUAUUCAUUCUUAUUUGUUAUCUAAGAAUAAAUCAUUUUAUUUUAACUAUCUUUUUAAUUUUAUUGAUAGUUUUCAUUAUAAGUACAGGUUGGAUAAAUGUUCAAAAAAUAAAUUUUUGUAUAAAUGUUAUCUCGUGCUUUUUCUAUUUGUCUUAGAGUGAUAUCUGAAAAUUUUUUACAUUGCGCAUUUUUGGCAAUUUGUCUUCUUAUUUAGGUGCCUUUUAUUAUAAAAAUGACUGCUUUUAAAAAUAUUUUGAAAUUAUUAUAAUGUUGCCAUUUUAAUCAUAUUUCAAAUUGAUCAUAUUCAUUGUAACAUCACUAUGUAAACACCAUAAAAUCAAUAUUUAUCCUGCACCAAAAAAAAUAAUUCUUCUUAUUUUUUUUCCAUUGGGAAAGUGCAGCAGAAUUAUUUUUAAUACAAUUUUGCUGUGAGACUUCACGCUUAGAGGGUUAAAAUGCUUAUAGUAGACUUGAUGGUAGAAAACUGCAUUUAAUUAUGCAUGUUUUUCUGCGCAACAAAUCUGCUUUUCUCACUUUCAUUGAGAACUAUGUAUAAGAGUGAGAUAUUUACACAAAGUUGCCUACUUGCAAAAUAAUUGGCGCUUAAUUAUAUUGGUACUGUUUUCUUAUAUAAAAAUAACUGAUUAAUUUUAAUAGUUUAUGAAUUUAACUUAUUCUCUCAUGUGUUUAUUUUUUACUCUAAAUAUUUUAAUUCAGUUUGUAAAUAAUCUAAAAUAUUUAAAGAUAUUAUGAACUAGUGUGCCCAAUGUGCAUAAGAAAAUAUUUUUUUAAAUAUUGAGUUUCGUGCAAAAAAAUAGUAACUUGCUGUAGAAGAUGUAGGCAAAUGAUAUAAACUGUAAUUCUAAAUAAUUUAGAAUUGAAUGUUGUUAUACCUAUAAUACCAAUUCUACAUAAUCUUUAUAAUAUGGCAUUGAAAGGAAUGGUUGUUUGGAUGUUGAUAAUAUUAAAGUUUCUUUAAAUGGUCUCAAAAUAAUUGAAAUGCAAACAAUUAUUUAUAUUAAAAUUUAUAAUAAUAAGAUAUUUUUUCUCAAAUUGUAUGCAAUUCUUAAAACUGUAUAGAAUAAAUGAUCCUUGUGAUAAUCAAAAUUGUAACUUUUGCUUUUUAAAAUAUUGCAGAAAAGUGACCUUCUUUGUUUUGGAAUAAAUAUACCACAAAUUAACUAAAGCACAAAUUAAACUAAAAAAGUUGUAGAAGUACUUCAAACAUGUACCAUCAUUAAGUGUCAACACACAUGAUGAUCCAAGCUACAAAUCAAUCAUCAGUGCCAGAUCCUGAGUCUUGGCACUGAGGAUACUUGUUUAUGCCAUUGAUACAGUAGUAUGCCUGUAACUCUUUUAUUUUGCCAGUUUUCUGCUUCAUUUGUCUUUCUGUGUUUACACAAAUGAUGGUAAAUGUAUAUUAAAGUAAGAUUAAAUUAGAAACCAUUAUUACUUAAACACAUUUAUGGUACAUAAACUUUUUAUUUCUCCAAAUUUGUAAUUUAAAUCUGAAAAAAAAAAAAAAAAAAACGUUAAGCUCCUGAUAUUUAUUAUUUGCAUAAAUUAUAAUCUUUAUAACAUUAAUUUCUUAAGCAAAAUUCUCAGUUACAUGGUAGCUGUAUAUUUUUAUAAAUUAAAAACAUUUAAAAUUGUAUUCAUGGCUCUGAUCAUGGCUGUAAAAAAAUAGAAGAAAAAUUACAGUCAAAAUUGAAAAUAUACCUUUAAAAAUGAAAACUGGCUAUCAACAUCCAUGCUCUAAUGGUUGUAAAUAUGUCUUUUUGUAUUAAAACAACUAUAUAGUUCAAACAAAAUGCAUUCCUCUUUCACUGAAAUAAACUUAGUUUAUUUAAACUGGUGUUUAUAGUGAAAUAGAUGUUGACUCAGAGGGCCUAGUCUUUAAAAAUAUAUAUAUUAACAUAUUUGUUUUUAUAUUGACAUUAUUUGUUGUAAUAGUGCACUUUUAUUCAGUUGAGUCUGUUAUUUAUGUGCCCUAAAGUUCUUUUGGCAAGUUUUGUUUAGAUAUUUAAUUGAAUACUUCCAUUGUAAUAGUCUUGCAUUUUUUUUUCUCUGCGGGUGAUUUCAUUUUGAAGUUUCAUGAAUUAUAACCGUUCGACCUUGGACAUUGCAGGGUCAGAAAUCUUUGCUCCUUGUGCAUGUUUAGUUUGAUACCAUUUAACCUGGUUGCUUUCCUACCUAAGAUUCUUCCUAUAUCCUGUGAUUGGAAGCUGGUACAUAUGUUCUUGGUUAUUUAGGGGUUUUAUUUUUUGGAAUGCAAUGAGCACAAAUCGAUGUUUUUCCAAAUGUUAUUGCUUUAUUGACGAUAACGAAGCUUCCGAUUAUUGAUGGAAUACGACUUCAUUCAACUGGCUUCCGCGAUUAGCUUUACUAUUGCCCAUCCUGUGAAUCUAAUUUUCAGUACCUUUUCUAUGGUUCCUUGUUACAUUGCUCAAACAAAAUCCUCCAAAUAAUUUGUGAAUUACUUGCUUAGCGACGACUUUUUGUUGCAUUUUGUAAGAAACGAUCUAAUGGCAUCAAAUCACAGUUGCAUAGAGGCCUAUUGAUCUCACUCAAACGGCUGACCGUAGGAUCACCAAACUUAAUGUGAGAAAGGUUGGUUGUUUCAUAGCUAUUGUGGCUGGUAUAAGCAGGAUGACAUCACUAAAGGUUGUAGUAGAUCAAGUCUUUACUUUCUGACAACAAAAGAAAAUCAGUUAUCUUUCAUUAGCGAUGAUUACCAUUGUAGUACUCUGCAUUUAUUUUUAAUAAUGUCUAAUGUAUUACCGUUGUGGUAAUCUCUAUUACCAUUGAAAUACUCUCCAUUACCAUUGAAGUACUCUCCAUUUAUUUUAAUGAUUCUAAGUGUAUACUUAUAAACAGGGGGGGUCAUUUUUAUUAUCCACUUGCAUGCCUCUCUCCUAAACUUGUGUAAGUUUUUAGUAGUAUUUCCAAACGUUGACUGAAUGAAAAAUUAUUUCUUUCAAACCUCGGAGAUAAGAUUUUGUAACCUUGUCAGAAAUUCAAGCUGAAUCAAAAUGGCAUAUUGAUGGCUCAACCAGUUAGUUAUAAACAAAAUAACCCACGGGUAUACAGUGAUUGAUAUCAUUAAAAAUAGUAGAGCACUAAUCAGACUUGGAUAAAAUUGAAAACUACAGAAAAUCUCUUUAAAAAAACUUUCUGUGAGCAAUUAUAAUUAACUCUUAAAUAUCACAAUGUUAAUUAACUUGUAAAUGUCACAACGUUAAUUAACUCUUGAAACUAGUUUCAACCCUUUCAUUACUGCCUAUUUGGGCAAUUGCUGAUUUUUUUAAAAAAUAUAUCUUUUAUAAAACUCUAUAUUGAUUAUUUUACAUCCCUGAAUGUCAAAUACAGUGACGUAAUUGCUGGUAAACUAAAGCAAUUAGAAUUGAGAAUCCGUUAUCAGGUAGAAUUGAGAAAUUACAACUGUUUUUUCAAACAAGUAAUACCAAAAUAUUUUUUGCGAUAUUGAAAAUUAUUGAUUACAGGAUAAAAUAAAGGAAUUUUGACCGUAUUUUGCUUCUAUUAAGUUAUGUUAAAAAUCUUCUGCGAUUGGCACAAAUGGCAUUUAUGUACAUUAUACAUAUCUGGCACCAAUCGUAAACUUACAUUGAAUUCGAAGUGCAGCCCAAUUUUAUCUGCCAAAUCUAUAACAGCCCGAUUUGAUAGUGCAUGAGAUUUGGAAUGAUAGUAAGUAGAUUUAUUAUUUUAUUGGUGAUAAAUACUACCAUGAAAUUAAAUUAUGAAAUAUAACUCAACAAAGUACAUAAAUCCUACUUUAUAUGUCAUUACAUAUAUCUCAAACAAUCGUGAACUGAAUAACUGUUUAUGCUACGCUACUGAGCUGUGCUGCAGCCAUAAAAAAUAAAUCUGGUAUUGUUAUCAUUAGAAUAAAGCUCUAUCCUUUUACAAACAUUCCUGCAAUUAAGGUCUGGAAAUCUAAAAAUUCUACAGAUCCCUCAAUACAUCAUAUAUAUAUUCGCAUGAAAAAUGCUUCUCCAUAUUUGCCACUGAAAUCUCAAACUGGAUCUAAAAUGGCUUAAAUAGUGAUAUACUUAUAAUGGAAUUACAGCAACUGACUUAUGUAGUUUUGUUUUUUAAAUUCAGAUAUGCUUUUUUUUAUUUUAGUGUUUGUUACACCACUUUUUUUAGUAUAUGUAAUUAGAUUUUUUCUUGACAUUACUUCCAUGAACUGUAUAAGCAUGUUUGCAUCUGUAUGAAUUGUUUUGGUCACAGAAUUUGAACCUUUAUUUUUAAAGUAAUGGAUUUGUUAACAACGAGUUUAUGUAUUUUAAGUAAUAUUUUAUACAGUCAUAUGUACAGUCAUUCGAAAGCUUCAGAGAACAAUUAGCUCAUCACUUGCAUGUAUCACCAUUGUAACCUGAAUAAAUAUUUCAUACUAUA